GGCUGAAAAAUGUUGCGAUUCAGUCGCUGAAAUAUAUUUUUUGGCGCAAUGCAUAUACUAGUUUGUGUUGUUUCCAGUUCAUAGACCUUAUUUCCCAUCCCAUCAACUCACUAAUCUAACGUCACGUUUUUCAUUUUAGAAAUGGUUAUAGCGUCGGAAAUGUCGUUUGCUUCCAUUGCUUGAAUAAUAAGUUACCUAAGACGGGAGUGAUUACAUCACCCAUACGUUGAUAUCAGGACAACGCGGAUUCGAGAUUGCUUCCGAUCCAAGAGACUCUUACCGAAUGCGCUGCUGGACCGCGUUUCUACUUUUGCAAUCUCGUGCGGAUAUCGCAGAGGGAAUGCAUUAUGACAUAUUUCAUUAUAAGUGAGAUUUUCGCCUUUCUUCUCCUCGUUCGUCACCAGGAUUCGUUUACGUCAUUUUGCUUCCCCUGUGACGCAAACUUAUAAGGAAUACAUAGAACGCUUUCUAGCAUCAAAAGUUUGAGCUUUCGUGAAGUUCCUUGCGCUCUCUUACCACAUCUUCGUUAUGAGGUAAUAGACGGCACCGUGAGUCUAUUCUUAAUUAUAAUCACAGUUUCAAUUUGAAUCAAAGUCAAAAGUGCUGUUCAACUAUCGAUUUUCAUUAUAUAUCCUCCCACGAGCUGACAUAAUAAUAUAAUAAGGACACCGCCCUCCAAAAUAUCGACCGCGUUGUAGGAGGAUUGUGCGCCGCCGCAGAAUAUUCUAUACGGUACACAUUGGGGGGUGCAAUAGUUAGCGCUGCAAAGGGGGUAAGAAACGGUAGAAUGUCUUCCAAAUAUUACGUUUCUCUCUGCUGACCGUCCCGUUCAAACAAACUUUGUUUGGUGAUCUUCAACGAAAAAUUUCAAAUAACCCCGCGGAUUUGUGAUACUUGAGAAAGAAAGAAAGAAUGGAGCACCGGUGGAACCAACUGACGGAGAAAUUGAUAGCAUCGGUCAGUGUCAGAGAAAAAUGGUGGAAUCGGAUUUGUCUCGCACUAACCGGAAAAGAAGGGCGGAGGCACUACUACAACCUGGAAAAUUUGGAAAAACGAUUCACGCUGUUUGAAACGAUCUCUCAUCGGCUUUGUAAUCCGCAAGCUGUGGCUUUAGCGAUGUUUCUUCAACAUUUACACUACGAUCCCCGUCUACCCGGCAUUUCGGAGGAACUAACUUGGGCAACCCUCGAAGAAUUCAUUGCGGAUGCAGAGCAAGCGAUUCCUGAAUUAAUCAGUGACUUGAGAGAAUUAAUCGAGGCAGCCCUUAUCAAUUCCACUCCUGUCCAUUUAACACCCGACGCAGUUGGGUCUGGUGAUGUGCACUACUUUCUUGACAUAGACAUGGCCGUGUUGGGCAGUUCAUCCAGCGAAUACGCCGAAACUUUAACUAUGAUGCGAGAAGAAUACGGAUUCACCUCUGACGUUGACUACUUCGAGUUGCGGCUCAAAGUGCUGAGAUAUUUUCUGCAGAUACCCAACAUUUACGCCACCGAAGACUUCCGGAAUCGGUAUAACGAAAAAGCUCGUGACAACAUAAUCAACGAGAUAUCAAACAUUGAAGACCGUCUGAAAACGAUUCGAGCUUCGCCGUGAAAUCUAACUUAUUAAUAGCAGCAGGUGCUGGAGACUGAAUUUUAAAUGUCCUAACAUGUGGAAUAUCGUCCAAGGAAAUCAUUGUUGGUUGGCUGAAUUGUCCUGCGAAGAGCUCUGUGUGUCGAAUAAGACGGAAUCGAAAUAAAAACAAUAGUCAAGUU